CUUGCUCGCUUUUAACAACCUACAGAAACUGCUCUCCGAUCUGAGAUAACUCCCGUAGUCCGCCUUUAGAUCCACCGUUCAAAGCAGUUACAAUGGCGGUUCCGUCGCGGGAGGAUCUUGUAUACAUGGCUAAGCUUGCGGAGCAGGCGGAGAGGUACGAAGAGAUGGUCCAAUUCAUGGAGAAAGUCUCCGCCGCAACAGAUGGUAGCGAGCUCACAAUCGAGGAGCGAAACCUCCUCUCCGUCGCCUACAAGAACCUGAUCGGCGCUCGCCGCGCCUCGUGGAGAAUCAUCUCUUCGAUCGAGCAGAAAGAGGAGAGCCGCGGCAACGUCGAGCGCGUCAAAACGAUCCGUGACUACAAGGCUAAGAUCGAAUCGGAGCUCUCGGGGAUCUGCGACGGAAUCCUAAAGCUGCUCGACUCUACGCUCGUCCCUUCCGCUGCUUCCGAGGAAUCCAAGGUCUUCUACCUCAAGAUGAAAGGUGACUACUACAGGUACUUGGCCGAGUUCAAAAUCGGUAAAGAGAGAGACGCCGCCGCGGAUAACACCCUCGCCGCUUACGAAUCUGCUCAGGACAAUGCUAAGGGGCUUGCUUCAACUCACCCUAUCCGUCUUGGUUUGGCUUUGAACUUCUCUGUGUUCUAUUACGAGAUCCUUGAGUCUCCUGACCGUGCCUGCAACCUCGCUAAAACGGCUUUUGAUGCUGCUAUUGCUGAGUUAGACACUCUAGGGGAAGAGUCAUACAAGGAUAGCACUUUGAUCAUUCAGCUUCUCCGUGACAACCUCGCUCUCUGGACAUCUGACAUGCAGGAUGAAUCUGCAGACGAGAUCAAGGAAGCAGCUGCAGCUCCGAAGCCAACAGAAGAGCAGAAGUGAAGAAUCUUGGUGUGAAAUGGUUCUGCUAGUGUUAGGGAUUGAAAUCAUUUUCUUCGUCAAUAAUCAUAUUGUCUCUAAUCAAAGAGAUGAGUCUCUCUCUUUCUUCCAUGUUGAAGUACAUUAUUACUCUUAUAUCUCCUUUUGCGUUACCCUUUCGAAUCGAUGUUAAGUCGUAUUCCGAGUUAAAAGGGAAAAUAAUCUAAAUAACCUCCUAUGAAAUUUG